UGCAGUCUGUCUCCCCUCGCCGCUGCUGGAGGCCCUGGCGUCGCUGCGCAGCGGCGCGAGCCCUUCUGCAGCCCGCUUCAGGCCCGCGGCCCCCGGCAGCCGCGCGCCAUCUUCGCGGAGCGCCAUGGCCGCGGGCGGCGGGCUGAGGGCGGCCGGGCGCGGCUUGCUCGUCUGCCUUCUUUCGCUUCUGGUAAUCGCCGAUCCUGCCCUCGGCUGCAGAGACCCUGAAAGGAUGUUGCUGCGGGAUGUAAAAGCUCUGACGCUCUACUCUGACCGCUAUACUACCUCUCGUAGGCUGGAUCCCAUCCCACAGCUGAAGUGUGUUGGAGGCACAGCUGGUUGUGAUUCUUAUACUCCCAAAGUCAUACAGUGUCAGAACAAAGGCUGGGAUGGGUAUGAUGUACAGUGGGAAUGUAAAACUGAUUUAGAUAUUGCAUACAAGUUUGGAAAAACUGUGGUGAGCUGUGAAGGCUAUGACUCCUCUGAAGACCAGUAUGUAUUAAGAGGUUCCUGUGGCUUGGAGUAUAAUUUAGAUUAUACGGAAGUCGGCCUGAAGAAAUUUAAAGAGUCUGGAAAACACCCCGGCUUUUCCUCUUUCUCUGAUUACUAUUAUAAGUGGUACUCCGCAGAUGCCUGCAGCACGGGUGGAUUGGUCACCAUUGCGGUGCUCCUGGGUAUUGCCUUUGUUGUGUAUAAGCUGUUCCUUAGUGAUGGGCAGUAUUCUCCUCCACCGUAUUCUGCUGAGUAUCCAUUUUCCCGUUAUCAGAGAUUCACCAGCUCUGCAGGACCUCCUCCCCCAGGCUUUAAGUCUGAUUUCACAGGACCACAGAAUAUUGGCCAUGGUGCAACUUCUGGGUUUGGCAGUGCUUUCACAGGACAACAAGGAUAUGAUAAUUCAGGACCAGGAUUCUGGACUGGCCUGGGAACUGGAGGAAUGUUAGGAUAUUUGUUUGGCAGCAAUAGAGGAGCAACACCCUUCUCAGACUCAUGGUACUACCCAUCCUAUCCUCCAUCGUACUCCAGCACUUGGUAUGGUCGUGCCUACUCACCGCUUCGUGGGGGUGCAGGGAGCUAUUCGGCAUCUUCAAACGCAGAUACAAAAAUCAGAACUGCAUCAGGCUAUGGUGGUACCAGAAGACGAUAAAGUAGAAAGUCGAAGUCAAAUAGUGGAUGGAAAAAUUGCGGAUUUUUCAUCACUUUCUCUUUAGAAAAAGUGCUACUUGCUAACAACAGGGAAAAGGGGAUAUUCAAAAUUCUGUGGUGUUUCGUCCUGUAUAGCUUUUUGUAUUCUAUUAUUUGAGGCUGAGUUGAUAUGUGACAAAAUAUUUACGUAUUGUAUGUUAGUGUAACAUGCAGUUGUAUAUUGCAGUUUUGGAAAGUGAUGAUUACUGUGGAAUGCUGAAAAUCUGUUGUUUAAUUUCUAAAACCUGUGAUGACAUAAGCAGCAUUAAGAAUGAAGUCAUUGUAUUUCAGUCUUAGGUGGUUGUAGCUGAUGAGUUAUUACCUUACUGAGACAAUAAUAUUCUGUUUGUUAUUAAAUUAUUUGGUGUUUGUGUUCUUCAAACAUUUAAACCAAGCUUUGGGCUACUAAUUAUACUAAUUUGUGAGUUCUGGUCACUUUUGAGCUCUGGAGCUUUACAUCCUUCAAUGGUAGAAAUGGUGGUAGCCUUCUGGUAAGUGAGAAUUACCUUCUAUAGGAAAAGAUAGAAAAUAAGCAUCUAGAAGGUUGUUGUGAAUGAUUGUGUGCAGACAAAUACUUGGACCCUUCAUAUUCAGUUCAUAAGUGGUAAAGUUCGAAUGCUUCAACAAAGGUCUUUUAAUAACAAAAGCAUGCAAUUCUCUGUGGAAUCUUAACUAUUGUUGUAACAGUCUGUUUCAAUCUUAAAUUAAAAUGACAAUAAAAACA